AUGGCCCCACUACCAAAUGCUGAAUUAGUUCAGAACUCUUUGCAGUUAUAUCGUUACCUGCUUCGAUGCUGUAAGCAACUUCCUGAAGAGAAUAUUCGUCAGCAUUACAGACAUGCAGUCAGGCAGAGUUUCAAAGUUCAUGCCGAUGAAGACGAUCCUGAGCGAAUCCAGCAAAUUAUUAAGAGAGCCAUUGAAGAUGCUGACUGGGUCAUGAAUAAAUAUAAAAAACAGAAGUAG